AUGGAACAAAAUCCUCGAGCAACAAAACACUUUUUCAAGGUUAUGUCUCGUGAUUUUCAUACAAAAUUGGCCCUGCCAAAGGCAUUUUGUAGAUAUCUAAAUGAAGAAAAACUGGCCACUAUAAGGAGUGGCAAGGGAAUCUGGAAGAUCAAUGUUGUUAAAAGUAAUAGAGAUGCCUUAUUUUUCGAAGAGGGGUGGGGCAAUUUUGUUCGUCAACACGAACUCACUGUUGGAGAUAUUGUGGUUUUUGAACACGUGAGGGAAAUGGAUUUCAAUGCUUUUGUUUUUGAUUAUACUGCCUGUGAGAAAGAAUUCGACAAGGAUUUAGGGGAAACGUACGAAGGAUCUUCUGGAGUUUGUAACAAUUUGGAAGCCAUCAUAAGUGGUUCAUGGCAACAGGGGGAUAAUCCAUACUUUGUCGUAACAAUGAAACACUACCAUUCACCUGCUUCCAAAAGGGCCCGGCCAUUUGUGCAUAUCCCGGCAGAAUUUUGGAAAUCAAAUGACAUGAAAAAGACGACGAGCCUAAAUCUAAAAGAUCCUUCAGGAAAGAAGUGGUCGGUGGAACUGAAAUAUCGUCGUAUUGGCCGUGUUGAUAUGGACAAGGGCUGGAAGCAGUUUUAUGAAUCCAACAAGCUCAAGAAUGGAGAUGUUUGCACUUUUGAACUCAGUCACAACCCCAAAGGCUCUACUGUUGCUUCAAUGGAUGUGCACAUAUGCCGAGCUCCAUAUUGA